AUGUCACAGCCAUGGGAUUACAUCGCUAAGCUUGUCUGCAUCGGUGAUUCUGGGACUGGCAAGUCUAGUUUGACGAUUCGGCUAUGUGAAGGGCGGUUCUCUUCAUCUCACGAUGUGACCAUUGGAGUGGAAUUCGGCUCACGCAUCGUCCCGGUUGGGCCGCCUGCCUCCAGAUACCUCGAGAAAGAGCGAGGCGACUGCGUUUCCAAUCAAACUACUUCGUCGCCUGAGUUGGUGGCACAGGGGGGCAACCAGGAGCCCAUGGUUUCUGGUCUCCCCAGCCCUCCUCGGAAGACCCAGGCAGAUCAAAAACGAAUGAAGCUUUCCUUGUGGGAUACAGCUGGACAGGAAACAUACAAAUCAAUCACGCGCUCUUAUUUCCGCGGUGCCUCCGGUGCGCUUCUCGUCUUUGAUAUUACCCGACCGUCAUCAUUUAUCUCGUGUACUCAGUGGCUCCAAGAUUUACGGCAAAUCGCCGAGGAAGAGAUCGUUGUCAUCUUAGUUGGGAACAAGAGCGAUCUUUCAGGAGAUGGCUCGAUCCAAAACCAGCGACGUGUCACUCGACAGGAGGCGGAAGAAUGGUGUCGUCAGAAUAAUGUUGUACGCUACGUGGAGACAAGCGCGAAAUCUGGGGAAGGGGUCGAGCAUGCAUUCCUCGAGGUCGCUGAGCGAAUACAUCAAAACAUCGAGGGGGGCAAGUAUGACUUGAAUGAUCGUCGAAGCGGUGUUAAAGGCUUUGGUGCCACAGGCGGGACAAGUAAUGGACCACCAAAAACCGUCACUCUAGGUCUGAAUGACGCAAUGCGCAGAGGCGGGAAUGGUUGGACUGGAAGCUGCUGCUCUUAG